AUGAAUGUGGUGUCGUUUUCCUCCCUGCCAGCUGUAGCUGUAGCAGCGUCGACCAACAAUGACUGCUCCCGUGGGGCCUGUUACCCUCCUAUGGGGGACCUCCUUCUGGGAAGGGGACACCAGCUCCAUGCCUCCUCUACCUGUGGCCUUACUGGGUCUGAAAUCUACUGUACUCCCUACCAACAGUGGAGGAUGAAGUGCUGUCCCUGCGAUUCCAGGAACCCAUCUAGUUUUUUAGCCCAUACCGUCCAAAAUGUCUUGGCUACUGCUGGUCCAGACAAGUGGUGGCAAACCAAGAAAGAUGUUAACGCAGUCACGCUUCAGCUGGACCUCCACAGUCUUUUCCAGCUCGACAACCUGUUCCUGAACUUUAAGGGUCCUCGUCCUGACGCUUUCGUUAUAGAGAGAACGCUGGAUAAUGGCAAGACAUGGCAACCUGCGCUUUACAUGGCUUCUGACUGCCGCUCCGCCUUCCCUGAGGUCAGCACUACAGUACCACGCGCCAUGGACCAGACCUAUUGCUACAGUCUGCCCCCUACUGGACCCAACCCAUACAGAGACCACAUGAUCCAGUUCAGCCCACUGCAACAGUACAUGUAUAUCCCCCUAUCCACUGGGCAGAAAAUUGAAAAGACGUCAGGGUUGACGGGGUUGCGGGUAAGGCUGACUGAUCUGGGUGAAGUGCCACACUAUCCAGGCCGUUCCCUCACCAAGUUUUAUGCCCUGAAGGAGAUGAGGGUGAUAGGCACCUGCAUGUGCCACGGACACGCCAACCGGUGCCUUCCAGAUGCCUCCAGCAUGCAGGUGGGCGCUCGGUGCGAGUGCCAGCAUAACACAGCUGGUGUGAAUUGCGAGCGCUGCGCUGAUCUCUACAACGACUUGCCCUGGAGGCCUGCCGAGGAAGGCUACACUCACACCUGCAAACGCUGCGAGUGCAACAACCAUGCCCAGCGUUGUCGUUUCGACCAGGCUGUGUACGAGGCAAGUGGACGGAGGAGUGGAGGUGUGUGUGAGGGCUGUAUGCACCACACCACUGGGCCCAAGUGUGACCAAUGCGCCCCCGGCUACCAGCCAAACCCCCGCAGUAGAAUGGAUCAUCCUGACGCCUGCAUACGCUGUGUUUGCAGUGCUGAAGGGUCAGCGAAUGGGGGCCAGUGUGACGACAGCACGGGGGUGUGUCAGUGCAAGGCCAAUGUGGAGGGACCACGCUGCGACCGCUGCAAGAGGGGCUACUAUGGCCUGAGCGCCUCCAACUCUCUCGGAUGCACCAAGUGCCCAUGCUCUUCAGAUGGCUCUAGGUCAAAUGAAUGUCACCCAGAGACUGGUCAGUGUCCCUGCCGCGCCCACUUCCACGGCCUGACCUGCGAACUCUGUUCGAAGGGUUACUGGAAGCCUGCUCUGGGAAAUGGCUGUGAACCGUGCGGCUGUGACCCGACUAAAUCCAGCAGUGAUACCUGUGAUCAGUGGACAGGUCAGUGUCAGUGUAGACCUGGCUUCGGAGGACGCACCUGCUCCGAGUGCCCUGACAACGCAUAUGGAGAUCCUCUCAUAGGCUGUCGACCGUGUCAGUGUUCGUUUGGUGGGACCCUUCCAGAGGGCUGUGACAAGAGGACAGGGGCCUGUCUAUGUCGGCUGGGCGUCACCGGGCCCCGCUGUGACACCUGCAGCCGAGGCCACUGCGACUCCUUCCCCACCUGCGAGAGCUGUCCCUCCUGCUUCUUUACCCUGGACGACCAGCUCCGCAACCUUACACGGGGUCUGGAGAGACUUUCCCCUAGCUUCCCCUCUCCUCCGGUGGACCCAAGCGGUUCUGGAAACUUUGGCCCCCGUAUCCGGGCCCUGGAGUCCAGACUGAACCAGAUACGACGCUCCAUCUCUCUUUCUCCCAACUCCGUCAGGCAGCUCAACGAAGCGCUGUCGCAGCUGAGUCGGCUCAGGGACCAGAUACACCAGGUAAAUGGUGAACUUGCACCUCUCGAAUUAGUGCCCGGUCUGAAUUCACAGCUGAACAGGAUCCAGACUCUGUUGGAUGGACUGAGUGUGGAGUACAACGCCAAGAAAGACGCCCUGACCAACUCCAUUAGCACCAACAACGCAGGAGCAUUCUCCGCUAUCAAGAAUGCCUACGAUGAGUCUACGAAUGCCGCCAAGAGUGUGGAGGCCAGCGGUAAGACGGUUGACCAGUCUGCGGCCACCAGGGACGACACGGUGGAUCUUCACAACCAGGUCCAGAUGGCCAACACCAGAGAUCUAGAGAAACUGAACGAGAAUUUGGCCUCCAGACCUGACCUCACCCCCACUGCUAAACAGGCGUGCGGCAGUGUUCGCUCGGCCCCUUGCACGCCUCUCAACUGCGAGGGCGGCGAGCUGUGUCCAGCUGAGGGAGCGCCACCCUGUGGUCGCGGUGAGAACUGCGUGGGAGCCCUGCCGCUGGGGAAGCGGGCGGUGGGCGACGCCGAGGAUGUGAAGACUAAAGUGGAAAGGCUCAAUGAGAAGAUCACACGGGCUGCUGAGCAGCUCCAAGAAACUCAAGAAACAACCAACCAGGUGAGGCGGUCUGCAGAGAAGCUGUCCAAUGAAAUGAGGCAAGCAAGAAAUGAUCUUGAAGCGGAUUUAAAAGAGACGCGUGAUGUUGUCAAAGAGCUGAAAGACUUCCUAUCGGAUCCAUCAUCCAACCUCACUCACAUUAAGGAGGUGAGCGAUUGGGUCUUGAAUGCCAAACUUCCCGUUACUCUGGCCGCCCUGAAGAGGAAGCUGGUAGAGCUGAAAGACCUUGCUGCCGGCCUCCCGGACAGCAGAGCGGUGCUACAACAGGCUGAGCCACAGUUGGACACAGCCAGGAAACUGCUAAAGGAAGCCCAGGAUGCCAGGGAUGCAGCGCUUGGAGUCAAGGCUGACGUUGACGGGUUGCUAGAGGGCUUCAACUCGGUUGAGGGCUCCCUCUCUGGCUUUGAGGAAAAAGUGCAGGACAGCAUGGACACCAUAGACGACCUCAAUGACAUCCUCACCAAGACCAAGGCUCAGUUAACCCCAGCAGAGACCAUUCUUGGGAGCAUAGGGACAUUGACCAAAGGAAUGAAGCCCCAGCUGGCUCACAUCAAAGACCUGUUGCUCACCGGGGGCCAGUUUGCCCAAAAUGCCGAUGAAGACUCAACAAGAGCCAAAGAGGAAGCAGACGCUGCAGCUAAGGAUCUGUUGGCUCUAGAGAAGCAGCUGAACCGUCUGAAAGCUGCAGAUGCCAACAGUGGACGUGGUGAUGGGGCGGGUUCAGCCGGGGAGCGUCUCAAGAGGCUCCAAGAGGAGGCAGGCUCUCUAGCCCAAGACACUGGAGACAUGAUGAAGGCUCUUGCAGGUAAAGCUGAUUCCUUGCGAGGGCUGCAGGACGAGGUCCUUAAGAAGUCAACAAAGCUUCAUGGGCUCGAGGGCAAACUCCAAGAACUACUAAAAAACCUCCGCACCAAGGCCCGUGUCCUUUCCAUGUGCCAGGGAUGAGACUGUAAACAACUCGGCAGAGUGGUCUUUCCAGCUGCGACCACUCAGUUGUGCCGCAUGUUGGCCAUUUUUACUGUGCGGGCCAUCAAGGGUUCUGAAUGAAAGUGAACAAUAGCUCUCAGCGUUUGAUAAUGUUAUUGAGGAAACAUUAGCUUUUAUCUGUCAUUUUGCAGUUAUCUUUGUUAUUGGAACAAGGAGAAAUGUUAACUUAUACAUUUUCUGUUAUGUAUUGUUUUUUAUAAGAAUCUCUUAUGAGGUUUAAAUAAAA